UCUCUCUCUCUCCCCCCCCCUCCCUCGCUCUCCCCCUGGUGCUUUCCUCCCUCCCCGCCGGCCCUCUUCGAUCGCACGCCGGAGAAUAACCCAUGGAGAACAUCGAUGCCAUCGACGUGACUGGGCAUACCCCGAUGCCGGUACGGCACUUCUCGGUCCCGAAGCACUAUGAGACGGACCUCGAGUCGGUUCUCAUCCCAAACGGCAUGAUCCGCGACCGCAUUGACCGUCUGGCGCGGAACAUCCUCGAGGAGUGCACUCCUCACUCGGAGAUCACCCUCCUUUGUGUCCUCAAGGGAGCUUACCUCUUUUUCUCGGAGAUGAUCAGCGUCCUGAUGCGCUUGAAUGUCGACCGCCCGAACCCGGUCCGCAUUCAUGUCGAAUUCGUUCGCCUCUCCAGCUACGCCAAUGACGUCUCCACCGGGCACGUCCGAAUCCUCGGCCUCAAUUUGGCUGGUCUUUACGGCAAGCAUCUCCUUAUCAUUGAGGAUAUCGUCGACACCGGGCGAAGUGCGAUCGCGCUGCUUGAGGAGCUUCGUCGCACGGAGCCCGCAUCCGUGCGCUUUGCCUCGCUCCUGCUGAAGAAGUCCCCACAUUGGAAUGGCUUCCGGCCGGACUAUGUGGGCUUCAUCAUCCCCGAUGCCUUUUUGGUGGGCUACGCGCUGGAUUACAAUGAGCACUUCCGUGAUUUGGACCACCUGUGCAUCCUCAAUGACGAGGCCAAGGCCAAGUACCAGGUGUCCUUGACGAGCAAUCCGAUGGCUGCCCUGCUGAUGUCUGGUCAGGCCGCUGCCGUGGCCGGUGUGCCAUCGUCCUCGGUCUCUGCGCAUGGCCUGUCCAUAGGCGGGGGGAUGGCCGGGUCCGGGGUUGGCGGAGGGGCCACCCUGGCCCACCUGGCCACCGCCUCGGCUGCCUUUGCUCGUGCCUCCCCCACCCCGGGUGGUGUUACCACCGUUCAGGGUGUCCACCGGACCCUGCUGUCACAUGCAGCCGCCGCCAUCAAGCCUGUCGGUUUGGCCACCCUCCCGGUCAGCGUCACACGGUCCCCCUCGCCGAUUACCACCUCGCCCAUGGCAACCCCUGCGGCUGAUGCUCCCGGCGGCGGCGUCUCGCCCGGUAGCCGGAUGACCCCUGGCACCGAAACCGCCCCUGGCGGCGGCGGCGGCACCACCACCGCCACCGUUGAGGACACCGAGAUGUCCAUGAACGAGUCAACCGCCUCGGCUUUGCUACUUCUCCCUUCAUCGAUGCCGGCGGUUUCCUCCCCCGCCACGGGCACCGAGAACCGCGUCACGGCGCCCACCACCUUCACUGGACCCACCCUGCUUGGCCCGUCUGUCGCCUCGAGCGCCUCGCGAUCCGGCACUCCUGGUGGCGGUCCCGGGGCGUGAGCUUCAGUCAGGAGACUCCUUUGCUCUUCCUCCUGGCCACUUCCGUCGCCCCUCGACCUCCCUUUUCUCCCCCUCCUCUCACCAUCCGCCAUCCGGCCUUCACAUUUUCCUGUCCCCUGGAAUCCGCUCGUGUCAUCGUCUUCGCUCCUCCCCCCCUCUCCCUGCCGUGCACUUUGCAUCACCUGUAUAUUAUCCAUCACAUGCGAGACCGCGCCCGGAUCCUCGGCCUUUCCUUCACCCUAUUUUACUCUCUCUCUCUCUCUCUCUCUCUCCCCCCCCCUCUCCUCCUCUUCCUCAGCCCCUCUCUUCUUUCUUAAGAGGAGGGCCUCUCCUGCACUGCAGCUCGCAUGUUCUGUGCCCUCCUCCUCCCCCCCCCAUCCUCGGUCAUGUUCAGCGGGUUUCCUACAAGAAGACCCCCCCCCCUACACCGACCAGGGUCACUCCUUGUACAGUUAUCGAUAAAGGAAUUACCAUCCCC